GCAAUGCAUUCUUAUGAUCAGCCAGCUAUUGUAAUAAUACCUAUAGAAGAAACAAAUCAUACUAAUUGG